AUGGACAUCAGCCAGGUGAGCUCAGAGAAGCCUCUGAGCAUGGGGCAGCCCCAGUCAGCACAGCUCUGGGCCCGGCUGACAGCUGGAACUACUGCUGCUACAAUUAGAGAGCCAGGCUGCCUCCAAGGGUACCAGUGUGCUGUAAGAGUCUCCAGUGUGCCGAAAGAGUCCUUCAGUAUGCUAGAGGGUCCUCCAGUGUGCCCAAAGGUCCUCCAGUGUGCCCAAGGGUCCUCCAGUGUGUCCAAAGGUCCUCCAGUGUGCCCAAAGGUCCUCCAGUGUGCAGAAAGGUCCUCCAGUGUGCCCAAGGGUCCUCCAGUGUGCAGAAAGGUCCUCCAGUGUGUCCAAAGGUCCUCCAGUGUGCCCAAAGGUCCUCCAGUGUGUCCAAAGGUCCUCCAGUGUGCCGAAGGGUCCUCCAGUGUGCCGAAGGGUCCUCCAGUGUGCCAAAGGGUCCUCCAGUGCGCCCAAAGGGUCUCCAAUGUACCCAAAGGUCCUCCAGUGUACCCAAAGGUCCUCCAGUGUGCCCAAAGGUCCUCCAGUGUGCCGAAGGGUCCUCCAGUGUGCCAAAGGGUCCUCCAGUGUGCCCAAAGGGUCUCCAAUGUACCCAAAGGUCCUCCAGUGUACCCAAAGGUCCUCCAGUGUACCCAAAGGUCCUCCAGUGUGUCCAAAGGUCCUCCAGUGUGCCCAAGGGUCCUCCAGUGUGCCAAAAGGUCCUCCAGUGUGCCCAGAGGGGCUCCGGUGUGCCCAAAGGUCCUCCAGUGUGCCCCAAGGUCCUCCAGUGUGUCCGAAGGUCCUCCAGUGUGCCCAAAGGUCCUCCAGCAUGACCAAAGGUCCUCCAGUGUGUCCAAAGGUCCUCCAGCAUUACCAAAGGUCCUCCAGUGUGCCCAAAGGUCUCUAGCUUGCUCAAAGGUCCUCCAGCAUAACCAAAGGUCCUCUAGUGUGCCCAAAGGUCCUCCAGUGUGUCCAAAGGUCCUCCAGUGUGCCCAAGGGUCCUCCAGUGUGCCAAAAGGUCCUCCAGUGUGUCCAAAGGUCCUCCAGUGUGCCCCAAAAGAGCCUCCUCCAGGUCCUGAGGCUGUUUCUCCUCACAGACUUCUCACCGCCUCUGCUCUGUGGGUUUAG